CUCAUCAUUUCCCCGCCAGGGAAAGGGCGGGGCUAACGACGCCGCGGAGCUUGGCCCUGGCUGCCGCCGCCGCCUGCUCUGUACACGGGGAAGAAACGUGAGAGUGGCCGCUGAGCCAGAGAGAGCCGCGGCGCGUCGGUGCGCACACGGGCUCUGGGCAGUGCCAGGGGAGAGGAGAAGGACUGACUCCCCCAGCCGAGGAGCAGCCGCCUCCCCCGCCGCCUCUGAUUUCUGCCCAGAACGGCAGCAUCUCUGCCCGCUCCUUUAUUUUUAUUUUUUAUUUUUGCAAAUUUGCGUAGAGUCUUUGUGUUUUGUGUGUGUUUGGUUUUUUUUUUUUUGCACGCCCCUGCUAAACAAAGAGAAGGGGGGGGGGCUCUGGGAGAAGACAUGCGUUCCGUCAGGAAGAGGUGGACUAUCUGCACGAUAAGUAUUCUCCUGAUCUUUUAUAAGACAAAAGAAAUAGCAAGAACUGAGGAGCACCAGGAAACGCAACUCACGGGAGAUGGUGAGUUGAGUUUGAGUAGAUCAAUGCUCAAUAGCUCUGAUAAAAUAAUUCAAAAGAGUGGCUCUUCAAUCUUUCAUCGUUCUGUAGAAGGCUGGAAAAUCAAUUCUUCUUUGGUACUGGAGAUAAGGAAGAAUAUUCUUCGAUUUUUGGAUGCUGAAAGAGAUGUCUCAGUGGUCAAAAGCAGCUUCAAGCCAGGAGACGUAAUUCACUAUGUGCUAGACAGACGUCGCACCCUGAACAUUUCUCAAGAUUUGCAUAGCCUCCUUCCUGAAGUUUCACCAAUGAAGAACCGUCGGUUUAAAACAUGUGCAGUUGUGGGCAAUUCUGGCAUCCUCCUGGACAGUGAAUGUGGAAAGGAGAUUGACAACCAUGACUUUGUAAUAAGGUGCAAUCUAGCCCCUGUGGUGGAGUUUGCUGCAGAUGUGGGAACUAAAUCUGAUUUUAUUACCAUGAAUCCAUCAGUUGUACAAAGAGCAUUUGGAGGCUUUCGGAAUGAGAGUGACAGAGAAAAAUUUGUGCAUAGACUAUCCAUGCUGAAUGACAGUGUCCUUUGGAUCCCUGCUUUCAUGGUGAAAGGCGGAGAGAAGCAUGUGGAGUGGGUUAAUGCAUUAAUCCUUAAGAAUAAAUUGAAAGUGCGAACUGCUUAUCCAUCACUGAGACUUAUUCAUGCUGUCAGAGGCUACUGGCUGACAAACAAGGUCCACAUCAAACGACCCAGCACCGGUCUCCUCAUGUACACGCUCACUACCAGAUUUUGUGAUGAAAUUCACCUGUAUGGGUUCUGGCCAUUCCCAAAGGAUUUAUAUGGAAAACCAGUCAAAUAUCAUUACUACGAUGAUCUAAAAUAUCGGUACUUUUCUAAUGCCAGCCCUCAUAGGAUGCCAUUAGAGUUUAAAACUUUACAUAUGUUACAUAACCAAGGAGCACUGAAAUUAACAACAGGGAAAUGUGUGCAGCAAUAAAGCACAUGUAAAGUACAAUAUAAAGUACAGAAUAGUCACUUCGUCAUAAAGAUGUUGUGAAAGGCAAUGGGAUCCAACAGAGGAUAUAUUUCAAUACCCACUAAGCCAUUGAGAAAAGGAAGCUUACCUGAAGUCCAUGACCAGCUGAUAUUAUACCUGUGAAGUGCUAUAAAACUAAGAUAUCUUGACUGCAAGGGUUCAAGUAAGUGCCACUUUCACUAAGAACAAAGCUUGAAUGUAUAAUCAGUAGUGUUUACAAGAUCCAAUGAUGCAUUCAUCGUCAAUUAAUGAAGAAGCAAAUAGUCCAUUUAAUGCUGACUUGCCACCACAAAAUUGAGCGGCUUAUAGAAGAAAUACCCAGCAGAUGGAAUCUGUCCUUGGGGAAAUAAAACAGCCUUUGUCAUCAGAAAUCAUGGUGGAAUUAGUGGAGAAAGUGAUGUCUAUAUGAUUAAAUAGAUCAAGUAAAUGCCUUCAGUCAGGAGACUGUUUGACCUUGUAUUAUAACCUCAUUGUUUUUGUUGGUGUUUUUUCUGAUUGCUGUUUUAUUCAUUUGGGUAUUGGAAUCCUUAAAGGAUUUUAUGAGGACAAUAGGAACAAUUAAAAAUAAAAUCUUCAAAGAGUUGUAUUUGAAGAAAUAAGUUCUUAUUGGAGGGAAAUCAAAUACUUAAAAAAUAUUUGUUGUAUCCUGCUGUUGCACAACUCUAAACCUCCAGAUUGCUUUUUUUAACUGCGGUUGUCAGUACCAGCUAAACAGAACCACUAUGAGAUUGGUAAUUUUGAGCCAUUCUUAAGGAAAAGUUUCUGUUACUUGCCAACUGGGGAGGACGUACUUAAUAAGAAGGUGCCCUUACAUUUGGUACCAAAGAUUACACUGAUUUUUUUUUUGUAUACAAAUACCUUUGUUUUUCUUUUCAUGCAGAAAAUGUACAUUUAGUACUGUGUUGCUGUGCUGCUGAAGGAAAAAUGUUUUUGGGUAUUGUUUUCUAUUGGAAUAUAUGUUGCCUACUUUGUUUGAAUGAAGAGCCUCAAACAAAUUCCUUAUGCUGACUUUGUCCCAGGUGAUUUGUUUUGUAGAAAUAUCCAGAUUGUUUUUAUUCCAUGCACUUAAACAUAUGAGUGUGAUUUUUAUUUCCGUUGGAGCAAAAUUUUCAGUUUUUAAUUACUGUAAUAAAAGAAUUAAUGACAAAGAAUUAAUGUAGCAAAAUUUUGCACUAUGUAAUAUCCCUGUCAUUGGAAUGGGUAAAAAAACUGAAUGGAAAAUAAAGCAUAAAUUGAACAAAGUCCUUUUUAAAUCUAAAUUUCUUAGUGUUGGACAAUAAACCUGUCUUGUAUCAGUCUAAGAUGCUGAUAAGUAACUGAUGAGAAUAGCACAUUGCUGUAUUAUUCCCAUAUCAGUUAUAGUCUUCCAAACCUCCCUCACUCACUCAUUCAUUUUCUUACUCAGAACAACUGCUCUUGCCCUGUACUUGUCCAAGAAAGAGAUUUAGAAGUGGCAGAAGGAGUAGCUUCAGGAUCUAGUACAGAAGAGUCUAUAGUACCAUUUCUUAGACUGUUCAUAUCACAGACUUGGGUAAUGAGAGUGAUUGAAUGCAUUAGAGUUAAGCAAAAUCAGGACUUCCUUUUUAGAAUGUGUAUAUCAGGAAACUUAACACCUGACACAUGAGCAAGGAUGCACCUAUUUAAAAAGGGGAAGAGCUAGGUUAAAGAACUUUACUCACACCUUGGUAGAGGAAUGACUGUAGCCAAGUGAAGACCCCCCCCCCCAAUCCCAACUGCUGGUCUUGGACGUGAUGGUUCUAGUGGAAUGAGCGCCAUAUUAUACUUUCACUCUGAUUGCUCCCUAAUGACAGUGGGGUCUGAAGCCUGAUUAUGUCUCCAGUCAUGUGUCAGGCUCCAGAACUAGCACUUAAGAAAGUUUUAAGAGCAUAUCUUUGCCUUGUUGACUAACUCCUCCUUCCUCCCCCCUGCAUCUAUACAACACAUGGUGGGUUUUAGCCCUAAAGGAUAAAUCUUGUUCCUAAUUUGCGGGUCCAGGAUUCAUUACACAUGGCAAAGGAAAGUCUAUAAUCAUGCAAGUCCACUAGCCAGACUCCCCUCAGAGGAGGACACAGAACUUAUUACUGCAGCCAACAGACUGUGGUUUGAAAGCACAGCUGUCCAUCUCAUAGACAUAGUCAACAUUUCCCCCCGCCCCCACCCCCACCAAGCUUUCCUGCACAACACUUGUUUGCUUUGGCUUUGUGCUGGGGUCCAAGAUUUGGCCUACAUGAUCAUGGAUUAAUACCUUUUUUGUUUUGUUUUUUUAUUCCAGAAAUCAUAGGGGAAUCACUUAGAGCUACUUGGCAGCACUGAAUGGAACAUAUUUAAAUUGGGUUUGAAAAACUGCAAAACUGUGUAGGGUAAACAUUAAAGGUUUGCAUUUAAAAACAAAUAUGGGUGAUAUCCUUGUUAACAGUAAGUAUGCAUGGAGGUCAUCUUGUUCCACCCAUUAUUUUUUAUAGAAUGAUUGACUGUCCACUGAGAGAUGUACUGAUAUCCAUGUCAGAGAAGCUCAGAGUAGUGCCUUUUUAGCUUAUUCACAUACCUUUAUUACUACAUACUUCGUGGUCUGUGAAUUUGGGCUCCCUGUUGAGAUGGCAGUGUCUACAGUCAAAAAAGGGCUUCCUCGUGGAUUAAAAUUGUUUUUUUCUGCCCCAUCUCAGGGAACUUUUUAAUACUCCAAUAUGAGUUCAAUGAAGAUAAAGUUCAAAGUAGAUAGACAUGCUUUAUUUCCCAUUGCACAAAAAAAAUGGCUUUUUAGUAGACUUAGGGAAACUAGUGAGACCUAGAAACAGAAUGGUAGAUGAGUUUUUUCCUGUUCAGAUUUAAAAUUCAGCAGAUGAAGAUUGGGGGGAAGUAGGCAGAAUAUGAAUGAGUAUUUAGAAGAUAUGCAUGAGCCUAUUUUGCAGUGUUCACAUCUAAUUCUGUUGAUAAAACUGACCCCAGUGCAAAAACCACAAACAAACCCAGUAGCUCAAUGUAAUGCAGGGAGAUUCUUCGGUAGACUGAAAAGGGGGAUUCCCAGUCCUGUGUCCAUUACUGCAGCCACCUUCCCCAUGAUCCUGUAUCUCCCUUUGUGAAGGUCAAUGUCCAGUAAAUCUUCUCCACAUCAGCAGAUCCAUGGAUGCCAGCCCAUCCCUGGCCUGCCAUGCCCUGCUCCUAAACACUGCUGCACGAGGAUUACAGAGCUGGUGUCCAUAAUAUACAGGGCUGCCCCUGGACCUCCAUUCAAAUUCCCCAAAUCCUCCCCUCAACAGUGAAAUCACACUGCUUCCAUUAUGUGACCCUCUUUUUCCUGUGGAGGUUGGUGAAGGAUUGGCCUCAUUGAACUUAUAUGGAGGUUUAAAUAUGGCAUAGGGCCUAUGCAAGGGAAUGGAUUUCACUGUGUGGUUCUUCAACUCACAGUACAACAAUCUAGCUCAAAUCUGCAUAGCAGCUUUGGAUGAGUUCUGUUGUUUUCAUCUCCCUACACUGCUUACAGAACUGCUAGUAUAAACAUCAAUUGUAAUUAUUGCCCAACACUUAUCGCUGACUUAUGUUAACUAGAGAAAAUAAAAUGGACAAGUUGUCCGCCUGCUAUAAUGAUAACCCAUUUGGUGGGGAUAUGAAACCGGACAUCAGAUUAAGCUGAUUAUGAAUGAGGAAUGGUCUCAAAUGACUGACUUCUUCCUGCACAAGAUAUAGCAAUCACCGGUAAUGAUUCUAGCAAAUAUGUUUUUAAAAGAAUAAUAAUUGAAAGCAAAAUUCUGGAAACUGUCUGUUAUGUUGCCAGAAUCUUGAGGCUGAGCUACAGUGAGGCAAAGUUAGCAGAGGAAUUUGUUUUCAUUCAAACAUGUUUGUUGUAAAUGAUUUAUAAACUAGUAUUUUUACAUUUCUUUGUCAGGGACCCUCUCUCCUGUGGUUUAAUGGAGAAUAUAUUUGCUUGUUAAGUUUGCAGUUUUCUACCCCAGUUCCCUAAAUGACCCCCUCAAGCAUUGAACUCACAACACUGGGUUUAGUAGGUCAAUGUGCAAAGCACUGAGCUAUCCCUCCACUUCUUCCUCUCUCCUUUUCUAC